CAACUACUGGUCCCGACAGGGUGGGUCUAUGUACCAGAAAAGGUCCUAAAAAGUUAAUAAAACUCGCACACACACACACACACACACACACACACACACACACACACACACAAAUACCCUCGCUGUGGUUUAAAUGUGUCCGAUAAAAGAAGCAGAGGAUGAGGACAGCUCUGCCACACGGUGGAGCACAGCCUACAAUCCAACUUUAGAUUAUUCUUCCAUUAUUGUUCAACACCCCCUCCCCUUUAUAUAAAUGGAGAAACAAAGUUUUCCAAUUCCCAGGAAACAGUGUAUCACCUUCCAUCUUCAGCUCCACUCUUCUUGUUUUAUUUCAAAUGAACAAGUAGCUGCACACUCCUUAUAAAUUAUUGUUUUUUUAAUCCUCAGAACUUUUGUCGCCCUGGCAGAAAGCAGAAAUGCCACUUUAGGCUGAGCGCCAUGAUCGUGGCCAACGUGAGCCUGAGCGGCUGCGCGGAGCUCAGCCUCUCUCUGUGCGCCGGAGCCGCAGCCGGGCCGCCGCAGGAGGGGGGCGCCUCGCACCGGACCACCCUCAGCCGGACGGGACACGUGGUGGUGGCCGUGUGCCUGGGCUUCAUCGGCACGUUCGGGCUCGUGAACAACCUGCUGGUGCUCGUGCUGUUCUGCCGCUACAAGCUGCUGCGGUCCCCCAUCAACCUGCUGCUGAUGAACAUCUCUGUCAGCGACCUGCUCGUCUGCGUCCUGGGCACGCCGUUCAGCUUCGCCGCCAGCACGCAGGGACGCUGGCUCAUAGGGGAGGACGGCUGCGUGUGGUACGGAUUCGCCAACUCCCUCUGUGGCAUUGUUUCCUUAAUCUCCCUGGCUGUCCUGUCCUACGAGCGCUACAGCACCAUGAUAACCCCCAUCGAGGCGGAUGCCUCCAACUACACCAAGAUCUCCCUGGGCAUCCUCCUCUCCUGGGUUUACUCCCUCUUAUGGACCCUGCCCCCACUCUUUGGCUGGAGCCACUAUGGUCUAGAAGGUCCUGGAACCACCUGCUCCGUCGACUGGACAGCCAAGACAGCAAACAACAUAUCUUACAUCAUCUGUCUGUUUAUCUUCUGCCUCCUUGGGCCUUUUCUGGUGAUUGUCUUCUGCUACGGGAAGCUGCUGUAUGCUAUGAAACAGGCUUACCCUCGAAGAACUCAGAUGGCUGAACAUCCGGUUCACGGCCCACAAGUUUCGAAGUGGAGUGACUCAGGUCAGGACUGGCGGGCGGAGGUGCAUCUGGUAAAGGUGAGCGGGAUCAAUGCAUCGCUGAGUAAGAAACGAGAGCAGCGUGUGUUGUUCAUGGUGGUGAUCAUGGUGAUCUGUUACCUGCUGUGCUGGCUGCCGUAUGGGAUUAUGGCCCUGCUGGCUACCUUUGGUCCUCCAGGCCUGGUCUCGCCCGAGGCCAGCAUCAUCCCCUCAGUUCUGGCUAAAACAAGCACCGUCAUCAACCCGGUCAUCUACGUCUUCAUGAAUAAACAGUUUUACAGAUGUUUCCAGUCCCUGGUGCGCUGUGAAGCCCCUCGACGAGGCUCCAGCUUAAAAACCUCCUCCAAGCUUUGCACCAAGAAGCACACCGGCCAUCGCCAAACCAACGAUUUUCUAUUUAUGGUAGCCUCACUGGGUCAGCACGCCGCCACCGUGCCCCAGCUGGACCCGUCCUGUGAACCCACAAUUGAUAUCACCAAAGGCCCGUCUUCAGACAAGCCUGUUGUCGUGUCACUAGUGGCCCACUUGGAUGGUUGAUGAUAUGCUACGGCCAUAAAGUCUCAAAGCCCCCAUCCAGGAAGUCAUUAAUAAGAUGUUGGGUGGGUUUAAAGCAGCUCUUGCAUCAGCUCGGUCUCCACUGGUAACAAGAAGAAACAACAUGAAAUGCCUUUGGACUUACAUGAGCAGAAAUCUGAUGCAGUAAACCUGCAGAAGCUGGGGUGUUUUUCUGCAGAAAACAGAACCGUGCUGGUCUUGCCAGGAGGGACCUUUAAACUGGUUUGCGGGAAAAUCACAGUUUUUAUAAGAAAAGUGGAUUCAAAGGGAUCAGUCCUCUGUGAAAUAUCUGAGCUACGGAUUUGGAAAGAAAUUUGUUCUAAGAGAAAAUGUCAGAAGAGAAAUGUUUUCAGCAGGAAGAAAACAAAGUAUUUUUACAUGGAUGUCUUCUUUACCAUAGUUAUUAAAAGUGGAAGAACACAAAUGGUUUAUUACCUGAAAGAUUUUAAUGUUUUACAAACAGACAAGAUAUUUUUAAAAAGAAUGUAAGCACAACAAAAGGAUUUCACUGACAAUGUUUUAACCAUUUCAGUCCUUGGAAUUUAGUUUCACUGCAAGCAACAAAUGAGCUGCCUUUUAUAAAGUGACUUGUUCUUCAUGCAACAUGGCUGCUGUCACAAGCUACUGACAUGUAUGGAGAUAAAUUAUUCUCAAAAGUUAAAAGUAGUCUUUAUAACCAAAUAACAAGAGUCACAAACAAAAACUAUUUUGCAAAUACAAAUUUCAAACUGAGAUCUUAAAGAGUUUGUUUGAGCAGCGUUUUCUAACGUCUUACUUUACGAAUACAAAUGUUUUAAAGUUUGUGGGUCUAAUUUUGAGACUCUUUUAUCUCCAUAGGUUUGUUCUUUCUAAGGUAUAUAUGGUUUUAGCAGAUGAUCCAUACAUUUCAAUGUGUCUUAAUCUGUGAGGGAGACUCAGAGUAUUCCAUUCAUUAACAUCCUGAUAAAAAUAAUUUAACAUAAAAUAUUUUAUUUCAUAAAAAUAUUUAUUGGUUGGAAUGAGUUUAUAAUUUUCCAUUCACUUGGCAGCAUCUUGGUGAAACCAAAGCAGAGGUUUUAAUAUUUUUAAAAAAGGAUGUUCAAUAUUUUUUAUUCUGAUGUGUUGCACAGUUUUUUUUAUUUCAGCAAAACUUCAUUUGAUAAAUGGUUUUUGAUGUGUGCAACCAGAUUAAAACAAAUUGAGACACACUCAGAAGAAAACACGUUUAUGCUUUUAUUGGCAGUCAAACAGGAAGAAGGGAUGAUAGUAUCUAAAGCACUCUACACCGAAGCAAAGCAAGAAUAUCUGCUUUAAAUUUCACACAAAAUCUUGAAGACAUUUAUUUAAAUUAUUUUUUAUCAAAGAAACUGAAAUUUUUUAGUGUUCCAGAUGACCAACAGCUGCAGUGGAGAAUAUAAUCAGCCGCCUGGGUCAGAACUCACAAACUUUAAAAUAAUCUCUGGUCUUCAUUAAACCUUGUUAAAUAUGUCUCCAUGAGAACAACACACUAUUUACCAACAUUUGACUUUAUUUAGUUUGUAUUUCACGUUUUAAAAAGG